CUGCCAUCAGACGUUGACCGAAAGUCAAGACGAGAGCCAGUCGAGAACAAUGGUUAAGGCAAACGGGAGCACUGGGGAGCAGGAGCAGCAGCAGCUACCGGAAUGGCUGGAUCGUGAGUUGUUUGUGGAAUUUCUAGAACGCGACUUUGAGGAUCUGAAGAGCAUCAGGGAGUUUAAGGUGGAGCCAACGGGCGGCAAGGGAGAGAACUACACAACCCUCUUGCUGCGUGCCAAUAUCACCCUAGAGCUGAAUGAUGGCGCUCUGAAGAGCACCUCUUAUAUGGCCAAGGUCCUGCCCACUACUGCCAGCACACGGGCUUUCGUUGCCACUUGGAAGGUGUUCGAGAAGGAGAGAAACUCGUAUGCCAAUUACCUGCCAGAUUUCGAGCGGAUGUAUCGGGAGGCCGACAAGGAAGUUACCUUUGGGCCGCGCUACUACCAGCACUCGAAGCAGCUGGACGAGGAUCUCAUUGUACUGGAGGAUCUGGGCCAGCGUGGCUUCAGGAAUGUGAAGCGUCAGGAUGGCUUCGAUAUGGUGCACACCAAGGCGGCCCUCGAGAAGUUGGCCCAGUUCCAUGCCGCUUCGGCAGUGCGAUUCGAACUUAAGGGACCGUAUCCAGAGAUUUACAACCGGAAUCUGUGCGGCACAGAGGAUAACUUCAAGGAGUUGCGGGAACAGCAAACCAAGACGUUGGUCGAAUCGCUGCCCCUCUUUGAUGCCACGCACCUGCAGAAGACAAUUGAAACCUACAGCCGAGAGACAGAAGACAUGUUCCAGGCGUACGCACCCCAGAUAGAAAACGAGUUCCGUGUGCUCAACCAUGGCGAUGCCUGGUGCAACAACUUCAUGUUCCAAUACGACGACGAGGGUCGGCUGAGCGAAACGUAUUUCGUAGAUCUGCAGAUGAGUCGGUACUGCUCCCCCGCCCAGGACCUGCUCUACAUGAUUCUUUCCUCCGUCAACGGCGACCUAAAGAUACAAAAGUUCGACUACUUCAUCCACUACUACCACGAAAAACUCACCGAAAACCUGACACUGCUGAAGUACCCCAAGAGCCUGCCGAAGCUCAAGAGCCUGCAUCAAUCGAUUUUCCUUUACGGGGACUGGAUUUUCCCGGUGGUAACGCUUCUCCUGCCAAUCGUCCUUAUCGAUGCCAGUGAGCAUGCCAACAUGGACGCCCUAAUGGACAAGGAGGGAUCCGGCGACAACUUCAGAAAUAGCCUGUUCCACAACUCGCGCAUCGAGAGACACCUUAAGGAAAUCCUCCCUUGGGCCCACAGUCGAGGCGCCUUCGAGGUGGUCAACACAUCCUAGAUUUCUGUUCACAGAUGUAAGAAUUAC